AUGUUUAUAUGUGUGAAGGUUUUGGGAGAAAUUAAAAAUCAUUAGAAUCUUUCUGAUAGGAGAGAUUAGGCUUUGGGUUUGCUUGACACUAUGAUUAUUGUAGAAAUUUUAAGCGAAUUAUAAAUACAAUUUGAUUGA